GAGAACUGUGGGUUAUAGUGCGUAAUGAAUUGUGGGUAGCUCGUUUUUAAGUCCGCUCUUCCUGCCGUGUCGUUUGUUUUGGGUACAGAAACCCAAGUCAAGAUGCCGGAACGAGAUAGUGAACCGUUUUCCAACCCGUUAGCUCCGGAUGGCCAUGAUGUGGACGAUCCUCAUUCUUUCCACCAAUCCAAACUCACCAAUGAAGACUUUAGGAAGCUUCUCAUGACACCUAGAGCUGCACCCACAUCUGCACCACCAUCCAAGUCUCGACAUCAUGAAAUGCCAAGGGAAUACAACGAGGAUGAAGAUCCAGCAGCACGAAGAAGGAAAAAGAAAAGUUACUAUGCCAAACUCCGUCAACAAGAAAUUGAACGUGAAAGGGAGCUAGCAGAAAAGUAUCGGGACCGUGCCAAAGAAAGAAGAGAUGGUGUCAACAAGGAUUAUGAGGAAACAGAAUUGAUCAGUACCACUGCCAACUACAGGGCUGUGGGACCUACUGCUGAAGCUGAUAAAUCUGCUGCAGAGAAGAGGCGACAGUUGAUCCAAGAGUCCAAAUUCUUGGGUGGUGACAUGGAACACACUCAUUUGGUGAAAGGAUUGGAUUUUGCCCUUCUUCAGAAGGUUCGAGCUGAGAUUGCCAGCAAAGAGAAGGAAGAAGAGGAGAUGAUGGAGAAACCUCAGAAGGAAACAAAGAAAGAUGAAGAUCCUGAGAAUAAAAUUGAAUUUAAGACUCGUUUGGGCCGCAAUGUUUACCGUAUGCUCUUCAAGAACAAAGCUUAUGAACGAAAUGAGCUGUUUCUACCAGGCAGAAUGGCCUAUGUGGUGGAUCUGGAUGAUGAGUAUGCAGACACAGACAUCCCUACUACACUUAUCCGAAGCAAAGCUGAUUGUCCUACCAUGGAGGCCCAGACCACACUGACCACAAAUGAUAUCGUCAUCAGCAAGCUGACACAGAUCCUUUCCUAUUUGCGGCAGGGCACCCGGAAUAAGAAACUUAAGAAGAAAGACAAAGGAAAGCUGGAUGAAAAGAAACCUCCGGAGGCUGACAUGAACAUUUUUGAAGAUGUUGGAGAUUAUGUACCAUCAACAACUAAGGUUCCAAGGGAAAAAGAAAGGGAAAGAUACCGUGAACGGGAGCGAGAUCGAGAUCGGGACCGAGAACGGGAAAGAGAAAGAGAACGGGACCGGGAAAGGGAUCGAGAAAGAGAGCGUGAUCGGGAAAGAGAAGAGGAGAAAAAGCGACACAGUUACUUUGAGAAGCCCAAAGUAGAUGACGAGCCCAUUGAUAUUGAUAAAGGUCCUGGAUCUGCCAAGGAGUUGAUAAAGUCCAUCAAUGAAAAGUUUGCUGGUUCUGCUGGUUGGGAAGGUGGCGAAUCACUAAAGAAACCAGAAGAUAAGAAGCAGCUGGGAGAUUUCUUUGGCAUGUCCAACAGUUAUGCAGAGUGUUAUCCAGCCACGAUGGAUGACAUGGCUGUGGACAGUGAUGAGGAGGUGGAUUAUAGCAAAAUGGAUCAGGGUAACAAGAAGGGACCAUUAGGUCGCUGGGACUUUGAUACUCAGGAAGAGUAUAGCGAGUAUAUGAACAACAAAGAGGCUCUGCCUAAAGCUGCUUUCCAGUAUGGCAUCAAGAUGUCAGAAGGUCGGAAAACUAGACGCUUCAAAGAAACAAAUGACAAGGCAGAGCUUGAUCGACAAUGGAAAAAGAUCAGUGCGAUUAUUGAGAAAAGAAAGAAAAUGGAGGCUGAUGGGGUUGAGGUCAAAAGACCAAAAUAUUAGUCUGCGCUCUGAUUCCUGGAAGGAUUACUUACCUGGAUAUUUUUCAAAUUUCUUUCUCUCCCUUUGCACUUUCCUUAGAGAGGCUGAAGUAUUUGUGUGUAUGUAUGUAUGAAAUUGUUGUUUUGACUAUUAAAAUUCAUGUUAACCCUU